AUGACACGUUACUCCCGCAUAGUCUUCUCUAUCCUAAGAAACCCCCGUAUCACACUCAAUUCCCAUCCUCGCCGAAUACCCAAGGCAUCACCGCGCUCAAGAUGCUUCUCAACGCGCCCACCGCUCGCCACCCCAGGCGAUCAAGAAGAAUGGCAGCCAACAUAUAACUGGAUCCCGGACGUCGAAUCCCUCGAAAACUAUAUCCCCGGCGGCUACCACCCCAUAAUGAUCGGAGACGUCUUGCACGACCGCUACCGCAUCGUCGACAAGAUUGGAUAUGGGGGCUAUUCCACGGUGUGGCUCUCGUACGACACCCGCCAGAAGUGCUACGUGGCUCUCAAAGUUGGAACAGCAGACUCAACCCUCCGCGAAACGGAGACCCUACGAGCCAUCUCUUCACAGACAUCUAUGCCUUUCCCUAUCUGCUUGGGCCGUGACUCGAUUCCUUCACUGCUGGAUGAGUUUGAAGUCCAUGGCCCGAAUGGAACCCACCAGUGCUAUACAAUGACUCUCGCGCAAGGCGACCUUAGAGCCAUUUCCUUCAGCCGGCUCUUCCCUAUCGAUGUUGCGAGAGCAUUGUCCGGAAGAGUUGCGCUAGCUGUUGCUUAUAUCCACUCACGGGGCUAUGUACACGGAGAUGUUCACCUCAAGAACGUACUCCUCAAGCUCUCAUCAAGUAUCAAUGAGCUCUCAAUCGAUGAACUCUAUAAAAAAUACGGAGACCCAGAAACCGUUCCUAUUACCCGGUGCGACGGGCAGCCUCUGACGCCAAAUGUCCCCAGCGAAGCAGUCGUUCCUCUGAGUCUCGGAGGGAGGGAGGAUAUACGCAAGUUCUCGCUAUCUGACACGUCUAUACUUCUCACCGAUUUUGGUGAGGCCUUUGCACCAGGUUCAGAAUCCCGCCUCGGAAAGGACUGCCAUACUCCGUACGGCUCCCGGGCCCCCGAGGCUCGUUUUGAGCCGGACGCACCCCUGUCAUACCCGUCGGACAUAUGGAGCCUGGCUACUACAAUUUGGGAAAUCAUUGGCAUGAAGGCCGUAUUCAGCAACGAGUAUGUGCCCGCGGACGAGAUUACCGCCCAACACGUAGAUGUGUUGGGGCCUAUGCCCCAAAGUUGGUGGGAGCGUUGGGAAGCGCGCGCUCAGUUUUUCACCGAUGACGGUCGUCCGUGCGGACGAAGCGAGCCAUGGCCUACUCUCGAAACCUGCUUUGAAGACUAUAUCCAGAAGUAUAGACGAGAGGAGGAGGCUCUCGGAGUAUUCGACGAAAAGGAGAAGGCUACGAUUCUGGACUUGAUGCGUAGGAUGCUAGCCUACCGCCCGGAAGACCGUCCGACGGCUGAUGAGGUUCUGAAGUCGGAGUGGAUGGUGAAGUGGGUGUUGCCCGCCGUUGAGCGGAGCCAAGAGACAGUGGAAUGA